AGGUUUGAAGUCAACUUCAUAAGACCAAUGAAUGUUUCCAACUAAAUCCACUUGUUUCCUUGCAGCAACAAUUUCCUUGAAUAUCUGAUGUCACACAUGACCUGGUCUUGUAAUACUUCUUACAUAACUGCUAUAAGUACACAUAAUCUUUCAUUGUAGCUGACACAAAAUAUCAAGAACAUCUUCUUUGUUAUAAAAAUUUCCUACUCAGCAACCUAGUUUGAAUUUAUUUUUCUCGGUCUCAAGGAUAUUUAUUAAUCGCUCGAAAAUAUGUGGAUUUUUGGAUUAACCGGAAAAUCUGGGUUCUCAGCUCGCAACACAGCUGAGCAAGUUACUAAGGGAGUUGAUGGCACCGGUCUUGUUGCCAUUGUCACUGGAUCAUCAAAUGGAAUCGGAAUUGAAACCACCAGAGUCCUUGCUUUACGCGGUGUUCAUGUGAUCAUGGGAGUGAGGAACUGUAAGGCCGGUGAAAAAGUUAAAGAGGACAUAUGCAAGAAAAUCCCUGGUGCCAAAAUUGAUGUCAUGGAGAUUGAUCUCAACACAUUUGCCUCCAUUAGAAAGUUUGCUGCUGCUUUCAUUGCCACUGGUCUUCCGCUGAACAUACUUGUUAACAAUGCAGGGAUCAUGGCACCUCCAUUCACCCUGUCGAAGGACGGAAUUGAACAACAGUUUGCUGUUAACCACUUGGGUGGAUUUCUUUUGACAAAUCUAUUGUUGGACACUCUGAAGAACACUGCUCGCGAUUGUGGCAAAGAAGGGAGGAUUGUUAACAUUGCAUCAACACUCCACACUUAUACCUACAAAGAAGGAAUUCUUUUCGACAAAAUCAAUGACAAAGACUGUUAUGAUCCCAACUAUGCCUAUGGACAGUCAAAGCUCUGUAACAUAUUGCACUGUGUUGAGCUCUCAAGGCGUUUGAAGGAGGAAGGCGCGAAUGUCACUGCAAAUUCGCUUCAUCCUGGACUUAUUGCCACUAAUAUCAGCCAAAAUAGCGGCAUUCUUGGCUGUUACCUCGCCUGUACUCAGUUCUUGUUGAAAAAUAUUCCUCAAGGAGCUGCAACUACGUGCUAUGUGGCAUUGAACCCUAAAGUCAAUGGUGUUAGCGGUGAAUUUUUCCAGGACAAUAACAUCGUUAAAGCAAGCAAAAUGGCUAGAGAUCCAGAAGUUGCCAAGAAGCUGUGGGAGUUUAGCUUGACCUUUACAGAGGCCAAAUGAUUUUGAUUUUUGAGUGACCUAUAUGGAACUUUCCAUUUUCUUGUGUGCCUUUUCAGUAAUUUAUCUUUUCAUUGUUUGUGAAACAUUUUGUUUAUUGUGUAAUUAUUAAGUUAUUAUUACGUUAAUGACUUGUAGCGGUGUAAUAUCGUGAGCUUGGAAAUAAAAGAAUGUACUAUUUUCUUAUAAA